UUGCUUUCAUUGCAGGCUGCAGCCAGCUGGUGUUGAAGCCACAGACGACAGCAGAGGUGUCUCAGGUUCUCAGGUACUGCCAUGAGAAGAACCUGGCAGUGAACCCUCAGGGGGGGAACACGGGCCUUGUUGGGGGCAGCGUUCCUGUCUUUGACGAGAUCAUUCUCUCCACUGCUCUCAUGAACCAGAUCAUCAGCUUUGACAAGGUGUCUGGAAUCCUCGUGUGCCAGGCGGGCUGUGUGUUGGAGAGGCUCAAUGAGUACUUGGAGGAGCAGGGGUUUAUCAUGCCGCUGGACCUGGGAGCCAAAGGCAGCUGUCACAUCGGGGGGAACGUGGCCACCAAUGCCGGGGGCUUGCGGCUCUUGAGAUACGGCUCCCUGCGAGGGACGGUGCUGGGCCUGGAAGUGGUGCUGGCUGAUGGCUCAGCUCUGGACUGUCUGACCUCUCUGCGCAAAGAUAACACGGGCUAUGACCUGAAGCAGCUCUUCAUCGGAUCUGAGGGGACCUUGGGAGUUAUCACUGCUGUCUCCAUACUCUGUCCUCAGAAGCCUAAGGCUGUCAAUGUGGCAUUCCUAGGGUGUCGGAGUUUUGCCAAGGUUCUGGAAACAUUCACAACCUGCAGAGCCAUGCUGGGUGAGAUCCUGUCUGCCUACGAGUUCAUGGAUGAGAAGUGUAUGGAAUUGGUUGAGAGACAUCUCAAGCUGUCCAGCCCAGUGGCAGACAGCCCUUUUUAUGUUUUAAUUGAAACUUCGGGCUCCAACUCAACUCACGAUGAAGAAAAAUUAAACAAUUUCCUAGAACAGGCCAUGGCUUCUGGUUUAGUCACGGAUGGAACUGUGGCAACGGACGAUAAGAAAAUAAAGAUGCUGUGGAGCCUGCGGGAGAGAAUCACCGAGGCCCUCACUCACGAGGGUUACGUGUACAAGUACGACAUCUCCCUGCCCGUGGCAAAGCUCUAUGACCUCGUCACUGAUAUGAGGGCUCGCCUGGGCCACAGUGCCAAAAAUGUGGUGGGCUAUGGCCACUUGGGAGAUGGGAACUUGCACUUGAAUGUCACGGCGGACUCCUAUAGCCAUUCCCUGCUGGAUGCCAUCGAGCCCUUUGUGUACGAGUGGACUGCAAGGUGCAAUGGGAGCAUCAGUGCAGAGCACGGGCUGGGCUUCAAGAAGAAGCAGUUCAUUCAGUACAGCAAACCCCACGAGGCAGUGGUGCUCAUGAAGCAGUUCAAAGCCAUGCUGGACCCCAAAGGGAUCCUCAACCCCUACAAGACGCUGCCCUCGGCUCCUUGAGGGGAGCAUGGGCUGAGGAUCCAGCAGAGCUGUGCAGCUCCAGCUCCAUACCUGCACUUGAGCCAUAAACACACUGGAUCAGCAAGCACAUGGAGUGCUCUGUGUUUGAUUUUGUUAGUGGGAUGGAACAAGUAAAGGAAUGUGGUUGCCUUUUCAGGGGUUCAUGCUCUUGGUGAAGAGCAUACUGCUGGGUUUCCUGCUUAGUCUGAAUAUUGAAACCAAACACGGA